CGUGUGUGUUUUUUUUGCGAGGAAAGUAGGAAUCCCACGUUGUCGGACAGUUUGGAAGCACAAGCGGAAGUGCGAGCAGCGGCUGGAGCAUCGAGCGGGUCAAAGCGAAACUCUUCUGCGGGGAUCAGGCUGCAGGAUGUGGGCUCGGCUGGCGGUCACGGUCGGGCGCUCGGGACUCGGGCUGCGGGCUUCCAGGGAAGGGCUGCGGCGGGUCGCGGGUGCUGGAUGUGCGGGGAGGACCCACCAGGAGACACGGGAUUUCAGUGUAGAGGCGGCCGUGAAGAAAACCCCACUCUUCGACUUCCACAGGUACCAUGGCGGAAAGAUGGUGGAGUUUGCAGGCUGGAGUAUGCCUGUCCAGUACAAAGACACUCACAUCGUCUCACACAUGCACACCAGGGAGCACUGCUCCAUCUUCGACGUCAGCCAUAUGCUGCAGACCAAAAUCCAUGGCAAAGACCGGAUAAAGUUCAUGGAGUCUCUGGUGGUUGCAGAUAUCGCAGAGUUGAAGGACAACCAGGGUACGCUGUCCCUCUUCACUAAUGAGAAAGGAGGAAUCAUGGACGACCUCAUAGUGACAAAGACAGACCAGGGUUACCUCUACGUGGUCUCCAACGCUGGCUGUGCCGACAAGGACUCUCUUCACAUGAAGGCCAGACUGGCAGAGUACAAGGCUGCCGGGUUAGAUGUGGACCUGGAGUUCAUUGAUGAAGCCCUGAUUGCUUUGCAAGGUCCCACCAUGGCUCAGACGCUUCAGGCGGGACUGAAGGAAGACCUCAGUAAGCUGACCUUCAUGACCUCCGCCCUGGUCACAGUGUUUGGUAUUCCUGAGUGCAGGGUGACGCGCUGCGGAUACACUGGAGAGGACGGUGUGGAGAUUUCUGUUCCUCGUUUAAGAGUGGUUGAGCUGGCAGAGAAGCUGCUUAGCAACAGUGAAGUGAAGCUGGCCGGUCUGGGAGCCAGAGACAGUCUUCGGCUGGAGGCGGGACUAUGUCUCUACGGCAACGACAUAGAUGAGACCACCACGCCUGUGGAGGCCAGUCUUGUUUGGACGAUAGGGAAGCGCCGGCGUCAGAUGAAGGAUUUCCCAGGCGCAGACAUCAUUGUCCCGCAAAUCAAAGCCAAGACGACCAGGAAAAGAGUUGGACUGGUGUCCACCGGUCCCCCAGUGAGACAGCACACCCCCAUCCUCAGCCCCGAUGGACAGGUCAUAGGGGAAGUGACCAGCGGCUGUCCCUCUCCCUGCCUGAAAAAGAACAUCGCCAUGGGCUACGUGGAUGCAGCUUUCUCCAAGAACGGCACAGCCCUCCAGGUUGAAAUCAGGAAGAAAACAGUCCCGGCAGUAGUCAGCAAGAUGCCCUUUGUUCCCACAAGCUACUACUCUGGUUAGGAGACACACCUUCUGCCAUUGUGUCUUAUUUACUGCUGUUUUCCCCCUGGUGUCUUACUCCAGCAAUACAAGACCAAUUUGGGAUGCAAAACUACUUCCCUGUGAGUGUGAAAACACCAACUGAAAUGUGGUUGGUGUACAGCUGUGAUCAGCCAUAUUUAAUACAGGAAAAUCAAAGAAGAUGCAAAGAAAAGACAGAAGUUUUGCCACUGUGCAGACAGUAUCCUGAAUUAAACAAAUUAAUAAGCUUGAUAGCCUGGUUUAACCUGUGGUUGGAUGUGUUGGGAUUGAAGCAGGUGACAGAUGAGAGUACAUGUAGCGCAUGUUAACAGUUUAUGUCAGCGCAGUAGAAACUCAUUGAGAACAUAUUUUAGGUGCUAAGUUUUGACGAUACUAAUCAAACUGAACAAACAUGGCAAAGAACGACCAAAUUUGUAAUCCCCUCACCCCCACCAUUUUAUAAAUAUUUUUUCUGUAUCACAUGAAGCCACCUUUUGUUUUUUUAUGGUGGAUGUUUGUACACUUGCACCCACUUUAACAGUUAAAGUAAAUUUCUAUAUUGCACUCACAAUGGAAGGAAAUGUAGUAAAAUGACUCUCAUAGAGAGCAUCUUUAAGGUGGAGGUCACACUUAAUAGUUUUGCUUUGAUCAGAGGUGAUGUUCUGUAUGUGUCAUCUGGCCCAAACGGGGAUCAGAACCACAAUCAAUAGAAAUGGGGUGUAAUACAAGGUUUUCCAGCAAAUGUAUGCAAUUAUGAGAUUUUUGCCUUUUUAUGAACAUUUAUAUCCAUAAUUCAUGGACGUUCUUAACCACUAAUCUAUUUGUUGAAGUAUGAGGGUAGAAAAUGAAAGGAUGAGACAGACGAUGCAAAUUGACUCAGUCUUACAGGUGACACUGUGUGCGACCCUAACAAAGACCAACAUUGUGUGAAUUAGAAUGCAUCAUGCAUUUGCACAUUUUUGUCUUAGAAUGCUGUUAUACUGCCACUGUCAUAUAUUUCCUUUUACAGUAUAGUUCUAAACAGGCAUGAUGGGGUUUAUGAUGUGAUGUCAUUUGUAUAUUUUGAUACUAUCAAUUCACAAUGCCUUUAGCUGAAGUGUAUUAAUAAACAUUGAAAAAAUGCCAAAGUGUUCACACUAA